AUGAAAGGGAACAAGAUACCGAGAAAUGUUCUUUCUUACAAUCUCUGGAUGAACGCGUGCUGUGAGGUAAACGGUGUUGCAGGUGUGGAGUCUGUUUACAUGGAGAUGGUUGAUGACACGAGCGUUGAAGUUGGGUGGAGCUCGUUGUGUACUCUAGCGAAAGUUUAUAUUAAAGGUGUUUUUGUUGAGAAGGCGAGUUUGGUGCUUGAGAGUGCGGAGAAGAAGUUGAAUAGAAGCAAUAGGCUUGGGUACUUCUUCCUCAUCAAACUCUAUGCAUCUUUAGGAAACAAGGAAGGAGUUGUGAAGCUUUGGGAAGCUUCCAAGUCUGUUUCCGGCAGGGCUACUUGUGCAAACUACAUAUGCGUGUUGACAUCCUUGGUGAAACUUGGUGAUAUUGCAGAGGCUGAAAGGGUGUUUAGUGAAUGGGAGGAGACAUGUUUUAACUAUGAUGUUAGAGUCUCCAAUGUUCUUUUGGGUGCUUACAUGCGUGGUGGAGAUAUCCGCAGAGCCGAGGCGUUGCACCACCGUGUGUUGGAGAGAGGAGGUACUCCAAACUAUAAGACUUGGGAGAUUUUGAUGGAGGGGUUUGUGAAGUGCCAGAGUAUGGAGAAAGCCAUUGAUGCUAUGCACCGAGCAUUCGAAGUUAUGAAGCACUGUCAUUGGAGACCGUCACAAAAGAUUGUCAUGGCCAUUGCUGAGUACUUUGAGAAGGAGGCGAAGAUGGAUGAAGCAAACGGAUAUGUUAGAGAUUUACAUCGUUUAGGUCUUGCAAGCUUGCCGUUAUACAGAUUAUUACUUAGAAUGCAUGAACAUGUCCAGAGGCCAGCUUCUGACAUCUAUGAAAUGAUGAAGUUGGACAAAAUUAUAAUGGAUAGAGAAAGUUAA